AUGUUGCUUCUACUAUGCGCGCCUCUGCUUUACGCUUUUCUGUUGAUCAUAUACCGCCUAUAUUUUCACCCCAUCAGCAAGUUCCCUGGACCCAAGCUAGCUGCAAUUACCAGUCUCUAUGCAUUUUACUUCAACGCUAUAAAGGGAGGACGCUAUAUCUGGGAAAUAGAGAAGAUGCACGCGAAAUACGGUAUGGAUGAGGCCGAUUCACGGAGAAAGAUCGGUUUCAAACUAACAAGAGAGAAUUCAAAUAAAGGCCCAAUCGUUCGCGUUGACCCUCACGAGCUUCACAUUGCUGAUCCCCAUUUUUACUCGGAAAUAUACGCACCAAAGCAACGUGACAAAGACCCGAGAUUCACGAGAAUUGGAGGUCUGGAGACAUCCAUGCUCAUGACCAUAGAUCAUAAGCUUCAUGCUUCUCGCCGUGCCAUUCUUCACAACUUUUUCUCCAAAAAGUCCAUCUUGGGCCUAGAGUCCAUGGUCCAGGCAAAAGUCGACAAGCUUGCCCAGAGGAUGAGCAAAGCUAGCCAAACCGGCACUGUCAUCUGCCUUGAUCACGCCUUUUCAGCGGCCACGGCCGAUAUUAUCUCCGAGUAUGCAUACCCAUUUUGUUUUGACUAUCUCGACGGUGAAAAUUUCCGCAAUGAUAUUAUGCAGUCGAUGGUGGGCACCAUGUCUCUCUCCCAUUUGAUGGGCAUGUUCCCCUUCAUCUUGCCACUCGCAAAGGCAUUACCAAGAGGCAUACUUCGAAAGCUUUCGCCAGAAGCGGCAAAUGUCUUGCAUGUGCAAGAUUUCAUUCUCGAGCAGGCAAACAUCGCAUUGGAAAACGGCGGUAAAGCGAAAGGCUCGGCUCGAGACACCAUCUUCCAGUCACUCCAUGAUCCCAGUCUUCCCUCCAAUGAAAGAUCACCCAUCCGUAUGCGUGACGAGGCUUUCGCUUUACUCAAUGCCGGAACGGAGACUACCGCAUCAGUAUUGAAGAUUAUUUUCUUUAAUCUACUUCAAAACAAGACUAACCUCCUUCAUCUCCGCGAUGAACUGAAAGAUUCCCCCAAUGCCUCACUUGUCGAUCUAGAGAAAUUGCCCUACUUGAGAGGAGUUAUUAACGAGGGCCUUAGGCUUUCGGGUGCUAUCAAUCGACUGGCCCGGUGCUCACCAACCGAGACACUGAGAUAUAAAGACUGGCUGAUUCCACCAAGAGUCAUGAUGAGCCAAUCCUCCUGGUUCGUGCAUAGAGACCCCGAGUUGUUCCCCAACCCACACACCUUCGACCCCGACCGGUGGAUUCGGGCACAAGAAAAUGGGGAGCGAUUGGAAAGCAUGCUUGCUACUUUUUCGAAAGGGCCGAGGCAAUGCCUUGGUAUGAAGUGA